AUGAAAACAACAACAUCGACACAAGAUUCUUCGAUUUUUGAACGCAACGGAAUCAUCAUGUUGCGAAGGAAAUCCCUUUCUCUCGAUAAAUCCCCCGUGAACAGAAGUGAAAAAUCCGAAAGGAGAAGUUCGGUCGCAGCGGGCGUUUUCGGCGGUUAUAAGGAAAAAUCACCCGUUCAAUUCGGACAGUCGGAUAAAGGUCAGGGUAAUGUCGAGAAAUUGUCGAAAAGCGAAAGGCGUGGAAGUGUGAGCGGUGGAAGUCCCGACGUUAAAGAAAGGAGAGGAAGCAUAGUUCAAAGAGUCGAAAAUUGA